UUUCAGAGAAGCUGAUUAUAGUGCUUGCAAAAUGCAAAAUUCUUCUCAUGUGUUUUUUAAUCGAACUUGUUAUAAUUCAACUUACGCCAUUUCCAAUAACAUAACUGAAAUUCCUGCGGCAAAUAGAAUUUCACCCGCUCAAGAAUAUUUCAAUUUUUACGUUUUGAAUAUAUCAUCUGGAAUCGAAGAUAUUGGAUCUAUAGAAUGGAAGAUCGCUUUAUGUCUUUUAGUAUCGUGGAUAGUUGUUGUGAUCUCAUUAAUUAAAGGAAUUAAAUCAUCAGGAAAAGUUGUUUAUUUCACAGCUACAUUUCCUUAUGUUAUCCUCUUUAUAUUAUUCAUUCGAGGAGUAACAUUAGAAGGAGCUACUGAAGGGCUCAAAUUUUAUUUGAUACCCGAUUUUUCAAAACUAUCUGAUAUAAAGGUUUGGGAAGCUGCAGCCAUUCAAGUAUUCUAUUCAUUCAGUAUUGGAGGAGGCGGAAUGUUAACUUAUGCCAGUUACAAUCGUUUCAAAAAUAAUUUAAUUAAGAACAAAGAAACCGAUAUAAAUAUAGAAGCAAUCGACUGUGCUAAUCACGAAGACAUAGUGAGCGAAAUUAUAAGACAAGAGCCAGAACGGGGGCAUUGGUCUGGAAGAUUCGACUUUCUAUUAGCAUGUUUAGGCACUGCUGUUGGAUUAGGAAAUGUAUGGAGAUUUCCAUUCUUAUGCUACAGUAACGGAGGAGGUAAAACAAAAUAG